AUGUCAGCGAAUGAUCACGGAACUUACUUUAGCGUCAUAAAAGAAUUUAAUGCUAGGUUGGGAGAUGAACUUACAAUACAUCCCGGUGACACCAUAGAGCUUAUAAGCGACGAUAGCGAAUUUGAUGAUGGUUGGUACAUGGGCCGUAAUUUGGCUACAAAUAGCGUAGGUUUGUACCCAAAGGCUUUCACCACACUAUUAAGUGAACAGGCUAAGGGGAAGCCAUCGCUAUUAAGAUCUAGGUCAAGACGUUUAACACCAUCAGGAAGCCCAGCUACCACAACACCACCAGCCGCAGCGUCCAAAUUUUUGCGGGUGAGCGAGGAGAUUGGAGAGAGUGGAGCAAACUCUUCCGGCUCAAUAACUCAAUCAACCUAUAAUCACACAACUGAUUCAAAAGAGUCUGAUCAUAUGAGCCUUGCUGAUCGAAGUCGUGAUACUGUGACUGGAAAAUACGUAUCUGUUCACAGAACACUGAAUGAUAUUGAUAAAGCACUGGAAGAGCUGGAUUAUGAUGAUCGUUCAUACGAAAAGGAUAUCAUUGCAGGGUCCGCUCUCAAUCCAGUUGAAGUGAAGACUUGGACACCUGAACAGGUCACGCAAUACUUUUCGAGUUUGAAUUUCGACGUUGAAAGUACAGGGCAAUUUGCUAGACAUAAAAUCAACGGUGCUAUUCUUAUUCAAUUGGAGCUUUCCUAUUUGAAAGAACUGGAAAUCGCCUCUUUUGGCACUCGAUUCGAAAUCUAUAAGGAAAUUGAGGAACUGAGGCUAGCCUCCGAGAAUAGAAGCUACAAACGGAAGACGAGCUCAGGUGUCUCAGGUCCCAAAAUUCUUAUGCCUUCAGUGAAUAAUAAGCAGACCCAUGCUAGAAAAAGAUCACAGUCGUUGGAUAACAUUCCAGUUUCUCACUAUGUUGCUUCAAACUCUGCUUCAAAGUCCGAGCUGGAAGUACAACAGACACACCAACCUCAGGACAUGGACCAGUUAAACGAUACAACUGCAUAUGAUGAGACACCUAGCGAAGAAAGCGUUGCCGAUGAAGAAUUUAGUACUCCAACAGGAUUAUUUGAGUCGCCUCGAAAGGCUCCGCAGCCUCCUGUAUUUGAUAACCUUUCUAGAGAGGCUGUUAUCACCAAUUCAGACUAUCAUAGCUCGAAACCAUCAAGCGAUUUCAAGAAUCGGGAACAUAUACAUUCAAGGAUUUUGCAUAGUCGCGAGUCUUCAAUCGGUAAUACUUCUUCCAUUUACACCGAGAAGAAGCACUCACGCAAUCCUUCGUCUUCUUCAUUUGCAAAUGCUUUACAACAUAAAGCAUAUUCUCCCAACAGAGGCCACUCGAGAAACAAUUCGGAUUUGAAUGUAGCAAGAAGAGAGAAAGGUCAACAGAGAUUUGAGGACUCAACUGAGGAGACUUCGUCUAACAAGAUUGGAAGUCAUGAUAAAAGAAAUACCGAAGACUCAACUCCAUUAAAUCGCCAAGAUAUCCCAAAACUUGAAUUCGACAAGAAGGGAGCAGUGUCCCCAGAGAGAAGAACGGUUUCAGCUAGAGAGAUGUCACCGAAUAGUAAAGCACUUGAUCCAAAGCGAGUUGCGUCUGCAGCAGCUCUCACAGCUAGCACUACAUCAAGGGCAACUGGUUCAAAUGGGCUAAGAAACCUGGGUGCUUUAAGGUCGUCAAAAUCGUCAACUUCUGCUUUUCAAGAGGGUAUUCGGAACAUCUCGACUGACGAAGCCAUUCGGACAGCUGAUUUUUCUGGGUGGAUGAGCAAGAGAGGUAAUUUGUCUAUUGGUUCAUGGAAGCAAAGAUAUUUUACUCUCCACAAAACUAGGUUAUCCUAUUUUGGAUCUUUGAAAGACAAACGAGAGAAGGGUCUGAUCGAUAUCACCUCUCAUCGGGUAUUGCCCGCAGUUGAUUCAGAAGAUAAGAUUUCUGCUGUUUAUGCAGCUACAACUGGGUCUGGUAGAUUUUGUUUCAAAUUAGUGCCACCAGCACCCGGAUCAAAGAAAGGAUUAACUUUCACGCAACAGAAAGUCCAUUAUUUUGCUGUCGAUACAAAGCAGGAAAUGAGAGACUGGAUGGCAGCUUUGAUGAAGGCUACAAUUGAAUUGGAUGAAAGUGUUCCUGUUAUUUCUUCUUGUGUGACCCCUACUAUUCCAUUACACAAAGCUCAAGAGCUUCUCGCGCAAGCUCGAGAAAAUGCUCGCGUAAACCUUGAAAAUUUAGAAAAGGAGCAAUCGUUACAAGAUUUGACAACAGAUGAAGAAGGAUCUUUUAAGUCAUCCGUUAACUCUAAUGCACAGACUCCAAUAAGCCAACCGUCGACUCAGUUCCAAAACAACUCAACCACACCAACCUCUCUGAAUUCAACAAAUCGAAAACCUUCGGUUAGGUUAGACACAUCUGCGGCCACACCAGAUAUAUCUGGCGUAAAUGGUCUUUCCACACCAUAUUUGGUGACUUCCGGUUUAAUGUCACCUAACUCAUCUUUAACAUCAGAAUUGAAUUCUCCUGGAACAUCCAGUUUGAGGGGUUCCAAAAAAGCAAUGAAAAAGGUAUCGACUGCAGCUACAAAUCCUGUUCCGAUGAUCACAAAGUUGGAAAAUGAGGAGAGUUCGUCUUAUUCAGCCGAGUCGAACAAAAACAAGACAAGUAGUCCUUCCAUCUCAAAACGUUAG